GUCAAUAUCUCAUGUUUGCCCCCACAGUUUUUUAUAAUAUUGGUGUGGCCUAGUCAUAGGAGCCUGAGACAGCUCAAGAUUCAAGACAUCAAGUGUCAAUAGUUCAACACAGUUGUACUUAUUUGAGACUUCUUAGCAGAGCCAUAUUCAAAUAGCAAGAGUAAAUUAAAGUCAUCACAUAUUUUCCAAUAUUACAAACCAUCUUGAGAAUCUGCUUUGUGGUGUGUUUGCAUGAGGAAGAAGCUCAUUGCUUGAAGAGGAAUUUCAAAUUUGUGACUUAUGGGGUAUUCAAGGAGUUCUAUAUUUCGUUCCUUUGUUGUUGUAGUUGUUGUUUUUGUUGUUUUGGUGGUGAAUGCGGGGAAUGGACAACUAGUUCCUGCAUUGUUCAUAUUUGGGGACUCAGUUGUUGAUGUUGGCAACAAUAACCACCGAUUAACUCUUGUUAAAGCAAACUUCCCUCCUUAUGGAAGAGACUUCCAAAAUCACUAUCCAACUGGAAGGUUCUGCAAUGGAAAGCUGGCCACAGAUUUCAUUGUUGAGAUUCUUGGAUUUACCUCUUAUCCACCAGCUUACAUGGACUUAAAGCCUAGAGGAAAAAACCUCUUGAAUGGAACUAACUUUGCCUCAGCUGCUUCUGGUUACUUAGAUGCUACAGCCACACUAUAUAAUGCUGUUCCAUUGAGCCAUCAGCUGGAAUAUUACAAGGAUUGUCAGAACAAAUUGGUGGAAACAGCAGGGCAAUCAAAGGCUGCAUCAAUUAUAUCUGAUGCUAUAUAUAUUGUUACCGCAGGCAGCAGUGACUUUAUUCAAAACUUUUACAUAAAUCCUUUGCUAAACAAGGUUUAUACAGCUGAUAAAUUCUCGGAUCUUCUCUUGCAACGCUACUCCAAUUUCAUUCAGAAUUUGCAUGCACUAGGAGCAAGGAGAAUAGGUGUAACAACAUUGCCUCCAAUGGGUUGUUUGCCAGCAUGCAUAACUCUGUUUAAUCCUCACAGCAACGAAUGCGUGUCGAAUUUCAACAAUGAUGCUAUCAACUUCAAUGCAAAGCUGAAUGCAACUUCUCAGAAGUUGAGACAAAUGCUUCCUGGACUCAACUUGGUCGUCCUUGAUAUCUAUCAGCCUCUCUAUGACCUUGUCACUAAGCCCCAAGACUAUGGAUUUUCUGAAGCAAGGAGAGGUUGUUGUGGAACGGGGCUGGUAGAGACAGCAAUAUUGUGCAACAAGAAGUCCAUAGGAACAUGUGCUAAUGCAACUGAGUAUGUAUUCUGGGAUGGUCUUCAUCCCUCAGAGGCUGCAAACCAAGUUUUGGCCAAUGAUUUGUUAGCUGCUGGCAUUUCUCUCAUCUCCUAAUUAAUCACAAACAUUCACUAUGCUUGUGAUUAUUGUAAUGCUCUAUGCACUUGCCUUAUAUUAUACUAUGUAAAAGUCAAAUUCUAAAUCUGGUUUCUUAUGUUCUAUUGCAAAGUUACCUGUGUGUUC